AUAGAAGCUUUUCAAAUGGUUCCCCAGCUGAUGUCAACAUAAUUGCAGCAAUAUGAGCUACUUUUUGGAUUUGGUGGCCAUAAGCAGUGCACUCAAAGUGUUACUGUUUCCCGCCUACUAUUCGACGGAUUUUGAAGUGCAUCGCAAUUGGUUGGCCAUAACACACAGUUUACCAAUCAACCGAUGGUAUUUGGAUGCAACAAGUGAAUGGACACUGGACUAUCCGCCCUUUUUCGCCUACUUCGAGUGGCUGCUCUCACAAGUGGCCAAAUAUGUUGAUCCCAAAAUGCUUAUUGUACAGAACCUAAACUAUGCCUCCGAGGCGACGGUGUAUUUCCAGCGCGGCUCUAUAAUUGUAAUGGAUUUGAUCUAUAUGCUAGGCGUUCACAGUAUCCUCGCCGCCCUUGGAGUAGUACAAUCCACACAGAAGCACAUUGCUGGCUCCAUGCUGCUCCUCCUGAAUGUGGGUCUCAUUUUUGUAGAUCAUAUUCACUUUCAAUACAAUGGAUUCCUAUUUGGCAUACUGUUCCUAAGCAUAAGUGCCAUGAUUAAGAAACGCUACUUGUGGAGCGCAUUUGCAUUCGCCGUCCUGUUGAAUUUCAAGCACAUAUUCCUUUACGUGGCGCCCGCCUUUGCUGUCUAUCUGCUGAAGUUCUACUGCCUGGGCGAAGGAGAGUUUGUACAGAAUACGAUUAAGCUGCUCGCUGCGGGACUUACACCAUUCGUACUGUCCUUUGGUCCCUUCUGGCAGCAGUUGCCGCAGCUGAUGUCGCGCCUGUUCCCCUUCAAGCGCGGCCUCACACACGCCUACUGGGCGCCCAACAUUUGGGCACUCUACAAUGCCGCCGAUAAGGUGGCUGUCAGCGUCUUGGGGAGAAGUCGCGAUCCCGAUGUGCCCUCCACGACCUCUGGGCUGGUGCAGGAGGUGCAGCACAUAGUGCUGCCCACAAUCACGCCGUCCAUUACGUUCGCACUCACUGUACUCUCUAUGCUGCCCAUACUGCUGAAGCUCUUCCUCACGCCCACCAGAGAGCAAGCCAAACUAGUGUUCAUGCGCGCCAUUGUCCUCUGCGCCUGCUCCUCCUUCAUGUUCGGCUGGCACGUCCACGAGAAGGCCAUACUCAUGUGCCUGUUGCCCAUGUGCCUGCUUGCCGUGAUUGAUCAUCGAGAUGCCAAGUUUGCGUACAUCUUGGCCAUCACGGGCUACUUUUCGCUGUUCCCGCUGCUCUUCGAUGUGGAUUUGCUGGUGCCGCGCUACUCGCUCUUCAUGGCCUACGUGGCCAUGAUGUAUGGCCAGCUGGAGCGUGUGUAUAAGACCAAGCCGAGCAUCCAUAUACUUGAGUGGAUCUACUUCUACGGCUUCAUAGCCAUUCCAAUCUACGAGCAUAUAAUCAGUCGGCUAUUGGGUCUGCACUUGUCGCUUCCGUUCAUGCCGCUGCUGCUCACCUCCGUCUACUGUGCGCUGGGCGUGACCUAUUUCUAUGUGCGCUACUAUCUCUACGCCAUGGACUUCCAGUGGCCGCCGAGCUUUGGCAAGCGUCGCCGCGUCACCCAAAUCAAGUCCUCAGUCUCAAAGCGAAAACGAAAAGUCCAAUAAAAAAUGUGUACAAAUGUGUGUAUACGAAUAUGCAUGCCAGCCCAAGA